GAACCCGGGCUGGAGACGCCCCUCGCGCGCCAGGGUUCGGGGGGCUUCCGGGAAGACGCCAGGCCUCCUUAACAAGCCGAGGCUGCUGCGGCGCCCUCGCGCCGGCCCCGGGCGCUCACGUGUCCGCUCGCUCUGGGUCGGUGGCAGUCCACCACAUCUGGGGACCCAGGGAUGCGUGAAGCUGCAGGGGACUCUCGAGUCUUCUUGCUACACAGCUGUCUUGCUUCUUCCCACCCCGUCCCCUCCUCACCCCGAGCUCCUUGCAUGCCUCCCCAUCCCCAAGUGCAGCUGGGUGUGAGGCUUCGUGGCGUCUUUCCAGCCGCCUUGCUAGGCCGGGCCGGUGAGCGGGGUUCUCUUCGCGCGUCCUGCGGCCGCGAGAGUUAAAGGCCACCCCCGCGGGGCCCUGAUCCCCGGCGUGCCCGCGUCCUCCGCCCCCUCGCCGCGUGCCCCUCACCAUGACCGGCUCCGCCGCCGACACUCACCGCUGCCCCCACCCCAAAAGCAUCAAAGGCACCCGGUCCCGGAGCAGCCACGCGCGGCCGGUGAGCCUCGCCACUAGCGGGGGCUCGGAGGAGGAGGACAAAGACGGCGGGGUGCUGUUCCACGUGAACAAGAGCGGGUUCCCUAUCGACAGCCACACCUGGGAGCGGAUGUGGCUGCAUGUUGCCAAGGUCCACCCCAGAGGGGGAGAGAUGGUAGGCGCCAUCAGAAACGCUGCCUUCCUGGCUAAGCCUUCAAUUCCCCAGGUCCCAAACUACAGGUUGUCCAUGACGAUCCCAGACUGGCUCCAGGCCAUCCAGAAUUAUAUGAAGACACUACAAUACAACCAUACAGGGACCCAGUUCUUUGAAAUCAGGAAAAUGCGACCUCUGAGCGGGUUAAUGGAGACGGCGAAAGAGAUGACCCGAGAGUCCUUGCCUAUCAAAUGCCUGGAGGCAGUCAUCCUGGGCAUAUAUUUAACCAAUGGGCAGCCUUCCAUUGAGCGGUUCCCUAUCAGCUUUAAAACCUACUUCUCAGGAAGCUACUUUCACCAUGUCGUGCUGGGGAUUUACUGCAAUGGUUACUACGGUUCACUGGGCAUGAGCCGAAGGGCGGAGCUGAUGGACAAGCCGCUGACCUUUAGGACUCUGAGUGACCUUGUCUUUGACUUUGAAGACUCCUAUAAGAAAUACCUUCACACGGUCAAGAAGGUCAAGAUUGGGCUGUACGUCCCCCAUGAGCCUCACAGCUUCCAGCCCAUCGAGUGGAAGCAACUUGUCCUCAAUGUCUCAAAGAUGCUGAGGGCUGACAUCAGGAAGGAGCUGGAGAAGUACGCCAGGGACAUGCGGAUGAAGAUCUUGAAACCUGCAAGUGGCCACUCUCCAACCCAAGUGAGAAUCCGGGGAAAGUCCCUGUCUCCACGGAGGAGACAAGCAAGCCCUCCGAGGAGGCUCGGCAGGCGAGACAAAUCAACUGAAGAGAACUACACCAUCUUUGACAACAAGGUGGAAAUAACCAGGAGCAAGAGUUCCCCAGAGUCAUUCAGCAGCAGACCCACCUCUACUGGGCUUUAUGAACCAAGGCAAAGAGUUUGCAUUAACAACCAACGUGGCAAGAUGAAAGUGUUGAAGGCCAGUCAUACCCUAGACUUGUCCAGCCCUGGCAGGCCUCUGACUGAGACGGUCUCCAGCCAAGACAAUCGGCCACACCAGCACCUUCAUCUGCAUCCGAGGAAGACAGCUGUUAGACAGCUACAGUUGCCUGCUCUGACCGAGAAGAAGGUGGCUGACCUCAGUACUCUGAACGAAGUGGGCUAUCAGAUCCGGAUCUAGCCAGGCAAGGCCAGCAAGGCUUCUAUGGUGCUCUUCUCUGCGCUUUACCCAGCAGCUUCAGGAGGAACUGCAACUUGUGGAGUUUUGAUUUUGAAGGAUUUACCUGGAGAUAGAAUCUGAGUGGGUUUUUGAAAAACUCACUGGUCAGCAGGCAUGACUGGGCUGAAGUGACGGACAAACCCCUGGGUUGACUGACUCCCUCACUCAGGAUCUCAAGAACAAUGUUACUGCAGUUUUCUAUUUUUCCAUUUGCCGACUUUCCGCUUGCUUUGGACAUUACGCCUCGGCUAUAGUAACCGUUUGUGGAGUCCCCUCCCACUUUUGGUACAGCAGGCAGCUCAGCCAGUACCGCCGUCUUCUCAGCAAUAACAAGCGAGGAUGGGUGGCUUCUUUAAACAGUUGAUAUUACCUCAGCGUUUGGCAUCAGAUAUGCAGUCUUAAUGAGUUUUAUAUUCUAUUUGUAUUGUUUUCCUACAGGGAUCUCGAUGGUCUGGAGGGUUUUUGUUGUUUUUUCUGGUUCACACGUGAGAUGAGAUUUAAGUUAUAUGCAGAUGCUUUAGAAGCACUGAAGUUCUGGCAAUAAGGGAAACAGUGGGGUCUUGGAGUCUCUUUCCUUAAAGCAUCUGCUGACAGGUUUUCUCCUAACAAGCAUGUUAAGAAGCUCUAGCCCAUGCUGUUGCCAACAGUUAAGCCUUUUCUGAGUCAGGCAAAAAGCACAAGAGACCAUGUGUUCCUGAAAACACAGCAGUGCUGAGACUUCUCAGACAGGAGGGCAGACGUCUGGUCAGCCUUGGCUCUUAGUGGCUCCUGGUAGUUAGUGUUCUGCUGUCUUUCAUGAGGGUAGACAUGUUUUCCAGGAGCUUGUCUUAGGCGCCACUUCAUGGCCUUAGGAGGCACUGGGGGAAGCCAGGACCUUAAGCCUGUCUUAAGGGAGGAGUUUCAGCACAGUGCUCUGCCUCAGUGUUACCCAGGCCUAGAGCACAGUGAGCCUGCCUGUGGCCACUCCAGCACAGCUUCUGCUCGCACCACGAGGAGGAAGCACAGCUUCAAGUCAUUCAUCUUAGUGGUCACCAUGCCAACUCAGGAGAGCAGAGGCCCAGCUGCAGCUGAGUGGCUGGCCCCCAGAGUUCAGCAUGCUCCCUUUUGGCUGUGACUGGGGAGCUCUAAGAAGUCAACGUCUGCUCACUAAGUCUUUGCCAGGAAAACCCUAGGGCCACAAGGAGGGCAAAGGUGUGUGCAGAAAAAAAAAAAACAAAAAAAAAAAACAAAAAAACAACCCACUCCCCACUCCAGCCAGCAUUAUUAAUGAAAAGUUGUUUGCUUGGAAAGCUUAGUGUCCUUUAUAGGACAGGACCAGGAAACUAAAUCAGUGUGAGCUUCAAAUUCUCAACUCAAUGGCUUUCUUCAAGAAUCCUGUUACUGCAGUUCAAGGUGAGUUAUGGGGCCCAGGCGUGUGCUCAGAGCCUCUGGUUUGACGCCCAGCACCCGAGGAAGCCCCACCCCCCUCCACAUGUCCUCACGAUCCCUGUUGUCAGGGCCAUGUGCACUGAAAUGUUCCAAGAAGCAAUCUGGUGAGUGCAGCCACCAGGCCUGUGUUCAAGGUCAGCUCACAGAGACACAGCACUGAACAUCAGGACAACCUUGAUGUGUGGCAACAGCAGGCAGCUGUGACACUGUCAUCUAAUCUCUUCCACAACCACCUGAUUCUUAGGCUCUUCUUUCAAGGCAGGGUUGGUCAGAAACAUUUAAAAGGCUCUUUAUCACUCAAUUUUACUGCCUGUAGUCACACUAAGACAGAAGCAAGCCCCAAACACCUACAUUCUAAUGCAAUCGUUUACAGUAAGACAGCAAAAGUGAACCCAGCUUGUCUUACCUCAGACUGACCUUCUGUCUGGCAGUGAUGUAGAUGAAGAGGAAAACUGAGCUGACAGAAGCGAGUUUAUCCUGUGCACCACGGCAAGACGCACAGAGCUGGAUAAGGACGUGAGCCGACUGCUACUGACUGUGAAAGUGGCCUGGGUGCUUUCUGACAUGCGGGGGGUGGGGGGGGACGGGACCGUGAGCACGCCGCCCCUUUCCAUGAGUCAGCUGUUUCCUAGGGUGUCCUCAGCAGAGCGAGGUCAUCAAAGGGCAGCCUUUGUAACCCCUCAGCUCACUGCAAGCCUUUCGUACACUAGACUUUUAUGUACAACCUUGUACAAUGUUUUUGACGUACAACUCAGAUUCUUGUUUAUUCUUAGACUUUGAUCUGGCCAAUACAUUUUUAAAAAAAUCUUUCAGAUGAACCGUGAUUGCUUUAGUGGGUAUUUUUCUAAGUACAUGAAGACUUGAUGGUAUUCCACAGAACACCACAAGUGCAUGCUUCAGGCUCAAAUCUCUCUCAUGUGUCCACACACAGCAUGGAACUGUAAUAAAACUGAUCUGGAAACUGA